AUGGGUCUUUUGUUUAGUAGAAUGUUCUCCUCUGUAUUUGGUAAUAAAGAAGCUCGAAUUCUUGUUCUCGGCCUCGACAAUGCUGGCAAAACCACCAUUCUCUAUCGGCUUCAAAUGGGAGAGGUAGUCUCCACCAUCCCAACAAUUGGGUUCAAUGUGGAAACUGUACAGUAUAACAACAUUAAGUUCCAAGUCUGGGAUUUAGGUGGACAAACAAGCAUCAGGCCAUAUUGGAGGUGUUAUUUCCCAAAUACUCAAGCUGUAAUUUAUGUGGUAGAUUCAAGUGACACCGAGAGAAUUGGAAUAGCCAAAGAAGAAUUUCAUUCAAUUUUGGAGGAGGAAGAAUUGAAAGGUGCAGCUGUCCUCAUUUUUGCAAACAAGCAGGAUCUCCCUGGUGCACUUGAUGAUGCUGCUGUGACUGAGGCAUUGGAGUUGCACAAAAUAAAAAGUCGCCAAUGGGCCAUCUUCAAAGCUUGUGCCACCAAGGGCGAAGGCCUCUUUGAAGGCUUGGACUGGUUGAGUAAUACUCUCAAGUCAGGAAGUGGCUAA